AUGUCGCCAACGCUUUCCCCCACCUCUCACACUUUCCCCCACCGUCGCCCUAGCUUUCCGCCACCGUCGCUCACGCUUCCCCUUACCGCUGCUCACGCUCCCUCCUGCCUUCCCCCACGCUUCCCCACACCGUCGCUCGCGCCCUCCCCCACCUUCCCCCACCUUCCCUCACGCUUCCCCGCACAUCGCCCACGCUUCCUCCCACCGUCGCCCACGCUUCCUCCCACCGUCGCCCACGCUUCCUCCCACCGUCGCCCACGCUUCCUCCCACCGUCGCCCACGCUUCCUCCCACCGUCGCCCACGCUUCCCCCCACCGUCGCCCACGCUGCCUCCCACCGUCGCCCACGCUUCCUCCCACCGUCGCCCACGCUUUCCCCCACCGUCGCCCACGUUUCCUCUCACCGUCGCCCACGCUUUCCCCCACCGUCGCCCACGCUUCCUCCCACCGUCGCCCACGCUUCAUCCCACCGUCGCCCACGCUUCCCCCCACCGUCGCCCACGCUUCCCCGCACCGUCACCCACGCUUCUCCCCACCGUCGCCCAUGGCAGGUGGUGGUGCGGCUGUGGAGCAGAGUGUUGGGCGCACAGCCAGGGCAGCGCGUGCAGGCGGGCAGCAAGGAGUGCAGUGCUGCAGGGGGCGGGUUAGGGGAUGCGGAGCGGGGGAGGCGGGGGUUAGGGAGAGAGGGUGCAGGGAUCCUCCUAUCCCCCUUAUACCCUGCCACACUCUUACCUCCUGCCCUUCUCCCUUACUCCGUUCCGUGGGGCCCCCACAGUCGUCCUCCUCUCCCUCUUUCUUCCUCCCUUCCGCCAUCUAUCCCACACUCUCUGCCUCACUACCCUCUUUCCCCUUUCUGUUGCCCGUUCUCCCUCCCUUCCUCCCGCCCUCCCUUCCUGCCAUUCUCCCUCUCCUCAUCCGCCCAUCAUCUCAUCCGCCCAUCAUCUCAUCCGCCCAUCAACUCAUCCGCUCAUCAUCUCAUCCGCCCAUCCUCUCAUCCGCCCAUCAUCUCAUCCGCCCAUCAUCUCAUCCUCCUUUCCUCUCAUCCUCCUUUCCUCUCAUCCUCCUUUCCUCUCAUCCCCCUAUCCUCUCAUCCCCCUUUCUCUCAUUCGGCCUUCAUCCUCCCACCGUCGCCCACGCUUCCCCCCACCGUCACCCAAGCUUCCCCAUAAUGUCGCCUCCUCCUCACCCCAUCUCCUCCCUUCCCUCGAAGGCACUCGCUCAUUCCCCUCCUGUCACCCACGCACGCACCCUCCCCUCGACCGACAAGUCGUUCUCCGCUUCCGUCGCAUAUGCGUUCAUUUCCCCUUCCCUCAUCUCCCCAUUCCUCAUCUCCCCUUCCCUCAUCUCCCCAUUCCUCAUCUCCCCAUCCCUCAUCUCCCCAUCCCUCAUCUCCUCAUCCCUCAUCUCCCCAUCCCUCAUCUCCCCAUUCCGCCUCACCCCAUUCCGCCCCACCCCAUUCCGCCAUGCCAUCCUACUCCUCAUCCCCAUUCCCUCGUUUCCCCAUCCCUCCUUUCCCGAUCCCAUCAUUCCCUCUGCCAACUUUCCCAUCCCACCAUACGGUCAUACCCCAUCCCGCGACCUCCCCGUCACCUCCACCCGACCCCUCUCCUCCCUGCUUCUUCCCAUCUUCCCAUCUUCCGCCUCGCCAAAAGCCUUUCUUCCUCCCCUCCCUUCUGCUUCUCCCCCAAGCGUCCUCUCUGCCUCCCUUCCUCCCAUCAUCACUUCCUCCCUUCCUUCAUUCCUGCAUUCAUCACUUCUUCCCUUCCUCCGUUCCUCCCUCAUUUGCCAGUUGUCAUUCUUUUGA